AUUAUUGCACACAAAAAAAGCGCGAGGGUAGCAAGAGCUGCGAACGUUUGUUUGUAAAAUUGUACAAGAAAGUGCGUGCACUGCGUAAUCUAACGAUAUUUUAACCUUCGUAUUGUAUCAUGGAUCGCCGUUUUUCAUUUGGUCCCGGUUCAGUCAAAAACAGUACAAUGUCUCGGUCGCGUCAGUCACUGGGCGGUUCACUGUUCUCCGGUGGUGCUCGGUCAACAAACACAAGCACGUUCGCACGUCAAGGCUCGGGUCGGUAUAGUUUAUCAUCGCGUUCCAAUGUGUCCACCUUACGCGUGGUUGCCAAAUCCGAGUACAACAUACUGGAAUCGUACGGCUUUUCGCUUCCGGUGCAGGUGACCGAGGUGCUUACGUUUAACGAACGAAACAUCCACGUAUCGGUAAACUAUAGUCAAAAUGGUUGGGCUUGGUUGGUGCAAGGCCGUCGCUUGUUUGUGUGGCAGUAUCGCGAUAAUCCCAGUCAAAAAACCGGCGCAGGGUUUGGGGCGGAAACAUUCGCUACCCCCCGGCGCCCUUACGCUGGCCAAUGCCGUCAGUUGACCCUGCCACAUUGCGAUAUCGGCCACAAGGCAUCGCUGGUAACGGUGUUUGUCAACGAAGGACAUCAGAUGGCUUCCUGUUUGGCCGUUUCACCAGCCGGCGAUGUACGUUACUGGCAAUCAAUUGCCCACGAUGGUUCCUCUAUCGACGAGAACAACAUCCUGGAGGGACAGGAAUUCGAGCAACUGAUCGGACUCGGUGGACAAGAGUUUGUGCUAGCGACGACAACGUGCAGCUUAAUGCGACUGAAUGUGCAUCUUCAAAAUGGUCGCUACAUGAUCGUGCCACGGCUUAUUAAACCACCGUCGGGAUUUUUUGGUGGUAUCGGGAAGCGAUUCGCAUCGAUUAUCAUCGGAAUGCAUAAUAGCCAGGAGCGUGAAAAUAAAUUGGUAAAAAUAAGUUGUGAAAAAAUCUCACAAAACCCCAACGAAUGGCACAUAACAGUGUUGGCCGAUCGGUGGAUUCAACGUUGGGCCGUGCAACCGCAUAACGGGAACGAACGGUUCCUUAGCGAGGAUGCAGACAUUAUGAAAAAGAUGCGUGACUUUUUCCAUCAAAAGCUGUGGAACAAUCGGGAUGUGUCCGAAAUUGAGCUAUGGGCGCUAGACAUGCAGGCAACCGACCGAGGUGUAAUUAUUCUCGCAGCAGCCGUGAACGAGCAACGUUCACCUCAGAUGUAUUAUGCGCUGAUGACGAUAAUAUUCGAUCCCGAUAACACGUUCACGCUGAAGGAAAGCACCAUUAUGCGCUACAAGGGUUUCUACAGUGCGGAACGGUUGGCCGAGCUGAUUGAUUUUCGAUUCAUUUCUAACCGUAGCUUUGCAUAUGUGUACAAUGAUCGAUACAUUUUCCCAGUGGCACUAGCAGAAACAGGUGCCGGUAGUGAGACAAGCAGUCCUACCACGACUACUGGAGAAGAGGUGGAAAAGUUAGAAUUUCACGCACGUGAAGAUAUGAUUCUGAUGGGGAACUGUUUUCAAAAUACACCACUGUUUUUCUCCCGCCUGAACGGAAUGGUUAUCGUAACUCCUUCCGAUUUCGAUCCGAGUGAUAUGUUCAAUUCGUCCAUUUCCUCGGAUAUGUUCAACCCAAACACUUCCGCCAUAGACGCGACGAUUUUUAUGCAGCAAUCGAUCUUUGCACCGGCCACCACUAACGCAGGCAACCUGAUUCUAUACGAACUGGAUCCGGAAGAAAUUGCAGCCACGGCAGACAUGUACGAGCUGGACCCGGUACAACAACUGAAGGCGGCCUUUAUCUACCACAUCAAGCGCAAUACGAUGGCGGCGGAUGAAAUUAUUUCCACCCUGCUAGAGUCAGUCAAUCAGCGCGAGCAAGUGGAUGGAGAGCUUGACCGAACGGUGCUUAAAAUUGCCAUUGAUCUCGCCCAGGAUACACCGGCCGCCGAUCCCCGAUGGGAGAUCACCAACAAGCAUGCGCUCGGUUCUUCCACAUCGAUGCAAAUCAUUCAGCAACUUCGGGAGAAAAACGUGGCCUACACGCAAUUUGUCGAGUUUCUGCGCAGCAGAAAUCUGUGGGAUCGUUUAAAUGCAGUCAGAGGCAUUACGGCAGCAGAAUUAGGUGACGCUCGUCCAACACCACUCUUUCUGUCGGAUAUUGGCGAGAAGAUAGUGGCUAUGAUUGGUAUCAAAUGUCUCCACAAUAGCCAUUCGCGGAUCAUCGACGAAGCAAUCAAUUUGGUGCUGCGAGAAUCGAACCGCACUGUCCCGUUUCCUAACCUAACACCACAAGAUCUCUUUUACGCACAAACACAUCGGGUGGAGGAACUGUUUAAAGUGCUCAGUGAGCUGGUAGAUGCGUACGUGCAACAGGAACUUUCUUCGAUUCAAAUUCAAACAGCCCUGGUCGAGGUAAACACGAUCGUCCUAACUGUGCUACAGGAAGUGUUAAAGUACCGCGAAUCGAAGGCAAGCACUUACACGAUUCGCGAUGAGUUACGAAACCGUUACGAGCAGAUACCUUGGACUGCAAUGUCAGGAAAGGGUGGUUUGAGGGAUGUUCUGCUGCAGUUGAUCAGCAGCACACUUCGCUAUGGCGUAAAGGGAACAGCAGAACCGGAGUUCCGCAUGAAGCAUUUCAAACAUAUGACCGAACUAAUCGAUUACGUGUUGGAUGGUCGAAAGACGUAUCUGGAAAGUGUUUAUGACGAGGAAAAGUAUGCCGUUCUGCUGCAACAGUACGAAUCACAACGGAUUGAUCUAAUAUAUCCCUUAGUGGAAGCAGAACAGUACGAGAUGGCGGCCAAAUUGGCGGAAAAGUAUUUAGACUUUCAAACGUUGGUAGAAAUUUGCGACAAAACCAACAACCAGGAGCGGUUGGAUGAGUAUAUCGAGCGCUACAAAGAGCACGACUUUUCACAAUUUGCCAUCAGCUGGCACAUGAACCAGAACAAACAGGGAGAUAUACUGCAUCGCUUCAAAAACAAUCAGUCCGCGUUGGCUCGCUUUUUGGUAGAUCAUCCUUCGAUGGCCUGGAUACAGUUGCUGUUCAAUGGUGAGCUUGCACAGGCAGCGGAAGUGCUUCUCUCACUAGCGCACCGCGAGAAAGAGCUACUGGCAAGAAAGCGGGCAAUACUUUGUCUCGCCAAGCUGUGUUUGUUGGCGGCGGAAGGAGACACAUUUCAGGGACAGAUCGAUGCGAUCAACGCUGAGCUGGAGUUGAUCGAAAUUCAGGAAAACAUUCCAACCGAAAUUUUGGACAUGUUUGGUUAUGACACGAAACAUGUGAAGGUUCUAGCACCGGAGGAGAUAGUUGAUCUCUACAUUGCCGAUGAGUAUGGUCAAUCGAGUGAAAAGGAAUUUCACUAUGCACUCUCGUUGUUGCCGUUCGUUGAAGACCCGAUCGAGAUACGCCAUCGGAUUUGGUGUGCGUCCAUACAGCGCGAUUCGUGGGAAGAGUACAACAAAAAUGCCCCACUAGACAGUAUGCAGAACAUGCUGUUCUUCCGGCUAAUUGAUCUUUGUUACAUCUCUGAUGCGGGAGAACUGGAAAACUUCUUGCCACCCUUGGAAAGCUUUCUGAAUGCACCGGAGCUCGGUGACCUAACGCAGAGCAAAUCGUUCCAGUAUCUCAUGAAGCUUGGAUACGAGCACAUUAGUGAAUCGUACAGGAAAAAAUGAAAAGUUUUGAUGAGUCUCUCCGUAACAGUGAAUGUUUGUCUUAAGUUUUCAAAUGAUAAUAUGCAAAAAGUAUCUUAAUAAAGUGUGUUCAAUUCAGUUUAACGUAUAAA